AACGGGGUUGGGCAAUCGAAGUUGGGACAAUUCACGGAGGUUUCUGUUGCCGGAUAGUCGUCGACAAUAAUGAUAUGUACAUAGCUAAUAUGUAUACAGGCGAUUUUUUGUGCCCUUUAGUGGAAUGAGGUGGAGCUUCGGCAGGAACUAGUUUUCUACUUCUACGAAUAUAGUUUGAUGUGUUUCGUUGGGAAUUAGUAGCCUGACUCAAAACCAACCGUCCCCAUUCGAACUGAGGAUGAUUUUUGCUAAUACUGGGAACCCACUGAGGACUCCGUAUCGCAAACAGCCACCUGUUGCCACAUCGUCACACCCCAUGGCUCCGCCCAGUCCCAGCACCAACAGCAGCACCACCAACAACAGCAGCAGCAGCAGCACUGCAGGCUGGGAUCAGCUCAGCAAAACAAACCUCUACAUCCGAGGCUUGUCCCCUUCAACCACAGACCAUGAUCUGGUCAAGCUCUGUCAGCCGUAUGGCAAAAUUGUAUCCACAAAGGCCAUUAUGGACAAGACUACAAACAAAUGUAAAGGAUAUGGCUUUGUUGACUUCGACAGCCCUGCAGCAGCUCAGAAAGCUGUGUCUGCCCUGAAGACGACUGGUGUCCAAGCUCAGAUGGCAAAGCAACAAGAACAAGACCCAACGAACUUGUACAUCUCCAAUUUGCCCUUAUCUAUGGACGAGCAGGAGUUGGAGAACAUGCUGAAGCACUUCGGCCAGGUCAUAUCCACACGCAUCUUAAGGGAUUCCAGUGGAGCAAGCAGAGGCGUAGGCUUUGCCAGGAUGGAGUCAACUGAAAAAUGUGACGCAGUUAUUUCUCACCUUCAAUGGAAGUUUAUCAAGACCCCCGCAGGCGUACCAGCACCCUCUGAACCCUUGCUCUGCAAGUUUGCAGAUGGCGGACAGAAAAAAAGACAAAGUCAAAAUAAAUUUGCCCAGAAUGGUCGACCUUGGGCGAGGGAUGGUGACACCAGACUGGCUGGAAUGACACUCACAUACGACCCCAGUGCAGCAGCUCUGCAAAAUGGAUUUUUCCCACCAGCUUACAGUAUUACAAACAGGAUGAUUGCUCAAACAUCCAUAUCUCCUUAUAUGUCUCCAGUUUCAACAUACCAGGUGCAGAACCCGUCCUGGAUGCCUCAUCAGCCCUACAUUAUGCAGCAUCCAGGAACAGUGAUAUCACCCUCUAUGGACCCGUCUAUGUCACUGCAGCCUACUUCUAUGAUGACCCCCCUCACUCAGCAGAUGAGUCACCUCUCUCUAGGCAGUGCAGGAACGUUUAUGGCGGCCAACACAGCUAUGCAAGGACCCUUUAUCCCCCAGUAUGCACAGAUGCAGACUCCAGCUGUUUCUGUAGAGGAAAAUGGGGCACAGUCAGUGGAUUCCUCCGGCAAUCAUUCUCCAUAUGCCUACCAACAAACCAAGUAGUGCUGGAGGUAACAUUGGACAAAAGCUACAACAAUCAUGUCUCCACACGCAGUGGAUGCAAAGGAGCGUUUACUGUUUUGCACAGGUUCUGCAACAGUUGUUUAAAUAAGACAUUGUUUUUUGGUAUCAUUUUCAGACAGAGUAUCUGAGUUCAUUUGAAUUCUAUAUAAAACUUUUGGAAAAGUUUUAUUUUCAU